CGCGAGGCGGGCCGGGAGGAGCGGGUCCGCGCCGCCGGCGAGGCGGAGGCAGAGGCAGCGCGAGCGCGGGAGGUCGCCGCAGCCGGGGACACCGCGCGCCGCUGCCCAACAUGGUCGCUGCGCACGCUGCCCAUUCUUCCUCCUCCGCCGAGUGGAUCGCCUGCCUGGAUAAAAGACCACUGGAACGAUCCAGUGAAGAUGUGGAUAUAAUCUUCACACGGCUGAAAGAAGUUAAAGCUUUUGAGAAAUUUCACCCAAAUCUCCUUCAUCAGAUUUGUUUGUGUGGUUAUUAUGAGAAUCUGGAAAAAGGAAUAACAUUAUUUCGCCAGGGUGAUAUUGGAACAAACUGGUAUGCUGUCCUAGCAGGGUCUUUGGAUGUUAAAGUGUCUGAGACCAGCAGUCAUCAGGAUGCAGUGACCAUCUGUACUCUGGGAAUCGGGACAGCCUUUGGAGAGUCCAUUCUGGACAACACACCCCGCCAUGCUACCAUCGUUACCAGGGAGAGCAGCGAACUGCUCCGCAUCGAGCAGAAGGACUUCAAGGCACUAUGGGAGAAAUACCGACAGUACAUGGCAGGACUUCUGACUCCUCCUUACGGUGUUAUGGAAACGGGCUCUAACAAUGACAGGAUUCCUGACAAGGAGAACACACCUCUCAUUGAACCUCACGUUCCUCUUCGUCCUGCUAACUCCAUUACCAAGGUCCCUUCAGAGAAGAUCCUCAGGGCUGGAAAAAUUUUACGAAAUGCCAUUCUCUCUCGAGCACCUCACAUGAUUAGAGAUAGAAAAUACCACUUAAAGACAUACAGACAAUGCUGUGUAGGGACCGAGCUGGUGGACUGGAUGCUGCAGCAGACUCCGUGUGUCCACUCCCGGACUCAAGCUAUUGGGAUGUGGCAAGUCCUGGUAGAAGAUGGUGUUCUCAACCACGUGGACCAGGAGCAUCAUUUCCAAGACAAAUAUUUAUUUUAUCGAUUUCUGGAUGACGAGCACGAGGAUGCCCCUUUGCCCACUGAAGAGGAGAAGAAGGAGUGUGAUGAGGAGCUCCAGGACACCAUGCUGCUGCUGUCGCAGAUGGGCCCCGACGCCCACAUGAGAAUGAUCCUCCGCAAACCACCUGGCCAGAGGACUGUGGAUGACUUAGAAAUUAUCUAUGAAGAGCUCCUUCACAUUAAAGCCUUAUCCCACCUUUCUACCACAGUGAAACGGGAGUUAGCAGGUGUUCUAAUUUUUGAGUCUCAUGCCAAAGGAGGAACCGUGUUGUUUAACCAGGGGGAAGAAGGUACCUCCUGGUACAUUAUUCUAAAAGGAUCAGUGAAUGUAGUCAUUUACGGAAAGGGUGUGGUCUGUACCCUGCAUGAGGGAGAUGACUUUGGCAAGUUAGCACUAGUGAACGAUGCCCCGAGAGCUGCCUCCAUCGUCUUGCGAGAAGAUAAUUGCCAUUUCUUGAGAGUAGACAAGGAGGAUUUCAACCGGAUCUUGAGGGACGUUGAGGCGAAUACAGUCAGACUUAAAGAACAUGACCAAGAUGUCUUGGUGCUGGAGAAGGUCCCAGCAGGGAACAGGGCUUCUAAUCAAGGAAACUCACAGCCUCAGCAAAAGUAUACUGUGAUGUCAGGGACACCUGAAAAAAUUUUAGAGCAUUUUCUAGAAACAAUACGCCUUGAGCCAGCUUUAAACGAAGCAACAGAUUCUGUUUUAAAUGACUUUGUUAUGAUGCACUGUGUUUUUAUGCCAAAUACCCAGCUUUGCCCAGCCCUGGUGGCCCAAUAUCCUUUUGAGCCUUCACAAGGUACAGAACAGGAGAAAAUGGACUAUGCCCUCAACAAUAAGAGGCGAGUCAUCCGCCUGGUUUUGCAGUGGGCCGCCGUGUAUGGAGACAUCUUACAAGAGGAUGACGUGGCUAUGGCUUUCCUGGAGGAGUUUUAUGUGUCUGUAUCAGAUGAUGCCCGGAUGAUUGCUGCCCUCAAGGAGCAACUGCCCGAGUUGGAGAAGAUUGUCAAGCAAAUUUCAGAAGAUGCAAAAGCUCCACAGAAGAAGCACAAAGUUCUUUUGCAACAGUUCAACACGGGCGAUGAGAGAGCCCAGAAGCGCCAGCCUAUCCGCGGCUCUGAUGAAGUUCUGUUUAAGGUCUAUUGCAUGGACCACACCUACACAACCAUUCGAGUGCCAGUGGCCGCCUCGGUGAAGGAAGUCAUCAGCGCAGUUGCUGACAAACUGGGCUCUGGAGAAGGCUUGAUUAUAGUCAAGAUGAGUUCUGGAGGAGAAAAGGUGGUGCUCAGACCUAAUGAUGUUUCGGUAUUUACGACGCUCACCAUUAAUGGACGCCUGUUUGCUUGCCCGCGAGAGCAAUUCGAUUCAUUGACUCCCCUGCCAGAACAGGAAGGCCCAACUGUUGGAACAGUGGGAACUUUUGAACUGAUGAGCUCCAAAGAUUUAGCAUACCAGAUGACAAUUUAUGAUUGGGAACUCUUCAACUGUGUGCAUGAGCUGGAGCUAAUCUAUCACACAUUUGGAAGGCAUAAUUUUAAAAAGACCACAGCAAACUUGGAUUUGUUCCUGAGGAGAUUUAAUGAAAUUCAGUUUUGGGUCGUCACAGAGAUUUGCCUUUGUCCCCAGCCCAGCAAGCGUGUUCAGCUCUUAAAAAAAUUUAUUAAGAUAGCAGCCCACUGUAAGGAGUACAAAAAUCUGAAUUCCUUUUUUGCCAUCGUCAUGGGACUAAGUAAUGUUGCUGUGAGCCGCCUGGCGCUAACGUGGGAGAAACUGCCAAGCAAGUUCAAGAAGUUCUAUGCGGAGUUUGAAAGUUUAAUGGAUCCUUCGAGAAACCACAGGGCCUACAGGCUGACAGUAGCUAAGCUGGAGCCUCCUCUCAUCCCCUUCAUGCCUUUGCUCAUUAAAGGUAAUUCUAAGGAAAUGCACAGGCCAGAUAUGACAUUUACUCAUGAGGGGAACAAGACGUUCAUUGACAAUCUAGUAAACUUUGAAAAAAUGCGCAUGAUUGCAAAUACUGCCAGAACAGUGAGAUACUGCAGGAGCCAACCCUUCAAUCCUGAUGCAGCUCAAGCUAAUAAGAACCAUCAGGAUGUCCGGAGUUAUGUACGGCAAUUAAAUGUGAUUGACAACCAGAGAACUUUAUCACAGAUGUCACACAGAUUAGAGCCUCGUCGACCAUAGACGUUUAAAGUGCCCAGAACAAUGGUUUGCCUCCAGUCCACAGUCUUUCAAAAUGCCAUUUAUGCUACUACUGACUGUAUUGUCACUAGAGAAUUCUACAAAACAAGCAAAAACACAUCCUGAGACAUCUCAGGGCUGCAUUCAGCUUACCAGCAUCAUGACAAGAGAAGAAAUUAUUUGACUUGCAUAAAGCUUGCACACUUUAGCUUAGGAAUCCCCAGUUUUAGUCACCCUAUUUUAUUUCCAAUUUUGCCAUCUUCUUUGCUGAAACAUGAAAUAAGACCCACAGGCAGAGUUUGGUAGAAAUAUUGUCAAGAGAAAUAUCAAGCCCCUGUCAUUUUUUUCUAAGAAUGUUUACAGGGUGAGAUGUGCUACAAAUGCAAUUUAUUUGGAUACAUCAGUGGUGGUAUAGUUUCAUAAUUUUUAACUCAACAUCUUGAUUUGGAGCAUGGGGCUUUUGGAAGGUGCUGAGGAAUUCGUGUAAAUCCAAAUUAUAGGCUGUAUUCUUCCAUCUUCAUAGUCUUGCCUCUGAAGGAAUUGAACCUGACCACAUUACUAUAAAACAUUAUGGCUAUUUAUGUAAUUUAGGGAGGACUGGUCUGUAAUUUCUGAAUGAUAUAUAGAAUAAUAUUUAUGUUUACAAUGUAACUUUUUUAAACUUACAAAUCAGGAUUACAUACAUAAGAAUUCCACUAAGAAACUCCAAGGUUCUUAAAAUUGCCAGCAUUAGGAUAAAAAAAUAACAUUUCAAAAGAGCACAAUAUGCACAAAACAUUUUUC